CGAAUCCGGUGCUGUAAGCGGCGCACACAUAAGUUGCACUGCACAGUACGGAUUACGGCAUGGGAAAUAUUGUGGUGUGUCAGUUGUGUUUAAUGGUGUUACAUUGCAACGCAAACAAAGUCAUAUUUACUGUCAGUAAUAAAGUGUUAAAAGUAAUAUAAAUGUGAAAUGUCUAACGCUAAAGUUAUCAUAGAACUUGAACAAAAUGAUGGAACUUAUGCACCUGGUGAUAAUAUAACUGGCUCAGUAUUGAUUCGACUUGAGCGAGCAACAAAAUGCAAAGGAAUCUCAAUAAAAGUCGAAGGUGUAUGUUCCGUUUUAUGGGUUCAGGAAGAAAAAAGAAAAAAUGUUUAUGGACGUAAAGAGAAAUAUUUACAAAAUUACAGUUCCGUCGAAACGUAUUUUGAUCGAACUUUUUAUUUAAUAAGAAGCACCGACAACGAUGAUGUAAGACAAUUGCCUGCUGGAGAAAAUCAUUAUCCAUUUAAUUUUGUCUUGCCACAAAAUGUACCCUGUUCUUUUGAACAUAAAUUUGGAAGUAUUUUAUAUUUCAUUACAGCUACUUUUAUUGAAGUUACUGAAGUAUUUAAUGAUGCAAUUCUAUUAAAUCCUUUUGAUAAAGUAAAAUUAAAAGUGCUUACGCCAUUUAAUUUGAAUCAAAUAUCACGAGCAGCGGUUGGUAUUGAUGAUGAGGAAUACCAAAAUUUUAGCUGUUUAUGUUUUAUUAAAAUGGGCUCUUUACACGCUCGAGUAAAAACACCAAUUAGUGGAUUUAUUCCCGGUCAAACAAUUGAAGUUACUGUGAGUUUCUACAAUGAUUCAUCCUCUGUUGAAGUGACAAAAAUUAAAGUUGCCUUAGAAAAGAUUCUCAAAUUUCAAGCAACCAGACCUAAAAAUAAAAUAAGAAGCGAGCGAUCAAUAAUUGGCAAAGAUAAAAAACGUGGAUCGUUUGGAGAUAAAAAUGAAGUAAAUCUAUUCAUAAAAGUGCCACAGGUCCUGCCUUCUAAUUUAGUUUAUUGUUCAUUGGUGGAAAUUCAAUAUCGACUAAAAGUCAAAAUAGUCACCUCUGGAACACACGGUAACAUUGAAAAAAGUUAUCCAAUUUUAAUUGGAACCACGCCGCUUUAUACAACUUCAACGGCAAUUGUACCUUUAAUUCGGGUUCAACGUGCGCCAUCAGUUGUUCCAUCGGCACCGGCGAUAGAUUCAAUUGUGCCAGUUCCUCAAGCAAAUAUAAGUCUUAACAAUUCUUCAACGAGUCAACAAGAAACUCCAAUAGUUAAUCAAUCAUUUUCUCUAGUUCAUAAUAUUCAAGAGGAAUAUCAACCAAUUGGAUUUGUCUUUACGAAUCAUUUAAGUCAUUCACAAAGCUCCUCAAGGCAACCGGAGACACCUCCACCUUCUUACGAAGAAUGCACGUCCAACACGUAAAUUAGUUCCUCCAUGACUAUAUUGAAAAUCAGUAGUAAAUUGAUUUUUAAAAUGUGAUAAAACGUAGUUAAUAAGUAUAAAAAUAUUUCACAAAUCAUCGAUUUCUGAGAAAGUUUAUCUUCAUCACAACUUUUAACCAUAUUCAAGAAGAUUAUAAACUAGAAAAAGAAAUUCUAGAAAAAAAAGUCUUCAGUCACAAAAAAAACAUAUCAAUGGACAAUAAGAAAAAUUCAUGACUUUGUCUAUAAAUAGCACAUUUAAAAUUUUUUUUCAGAUGUAUUUUUUUACAUCAAUCGGCCUUUUUUCAAGGCUGCGUCUUUGGCACUAUCGAAUGUAUUCUUUUUUUACAUCAAACUUUAUUUUUUUGUUGAUCUUUUUUGACACACCGUAUUCACUUAAAUGUUUAUAUUAUCGAUAUUAAUCACCAACUGAGAUUGAUUGGUAGAUUUUAGUAUUAUUAUUUUAUGUGUAUUUAUGUUUAAAAAUUUAUACUUUUAUAUAUACACCUUAUACAAGCCACAUCCAUUCCCCGAUUGGAAAAUUGUUACUAAUAUAUAUAUAUAUUAUAAAGCAAAGCUACAAAUCCCAAAUAUAAUUUAUAAUAUUGUAUUACCGAAUCAAGUGGUAUGAUAAAAAAGCUUAAAAAAAGGAAAAGUACAUUUUACUACAUUCAACAUUAGAUUUAAAACAAAAAAUUAAAAUAAUAAGACUGCUUUUUUGUUGUACCACAAUUCAAUAGCAAUGAUUCUAUGUCAUAUGUUUAUUGUAUAUUUAUUGUGAAAUAAAUAUUUAUAAAUAAAACAAAGACUAAACUCUUAAAA